AUAUUCAACAUUUUGUCAUUUUGUCAGCAUUAUGUAAAAAUUAUAAUAUUUGAAUAAGACUAAUGAAAAUCAAUUACGGUUAUUAAUACACGGUUACAAUUUCUUAAAAAUGCAGAACUGCAUAUAAAAUCAAACAAAAAAAAACUAAAAAUACUUUUAAUUACAGGUCUCGACACUCAUUAAUGCAUGCACGAAUUUAAAAUGCGACCAAUCUGAAAUUGCCGCGUAUUCGGUACGAACGAUAAUUGGCCGCUAGACUGUAUACAAGCUCAAGGCUAACCAAUCAAAUCUAUUUCACACACAGCUGACAUUUUUUUACACGAAGUCGCCCGCGCCGUAUCGCGCGAAAUCUUCGUUUCUCAUUUGUCAGGGGACGCGCGAUUUUUUCCCCGCGUAUUUUUCCACAAUUGUCUGCCUCGCCUCUUUUCCUUCCUCGGAAUCAAAAAUUGCUUUCGUUUUAACUUGUGGAAACGUCCACGAUGGUUUAGUCUAACGGACGGUUUAUUGUUUAUCUUCGGAGAGUUGCGUUCGGGAGGAAUCGAGUAACGAGAAGAUUCCGUGUCGACAGGGUUGGACAGGAUGCGACUUGAGGGACGUGAAGAUUGACGUACGCUGAGUUUCGUACGCAACAUUUGUAGGAUUCGUGUUGCUCGUGAGUAUUUACUUACUCAGAGGCUUCACAACCUGCAGAAAAUUCAAAGAUUCUGAAGUAUCAGUUGUGUCUACUACUUAUGUCCUUUUAAGAAUGGAAGUAACAGCAUCAAAGUCACGCUGGUGUUGUGCACCAGGUUGCAUGCUAAAUAUAAAAAUAACGAAACGACAUUUCUUCAGAUUUCCAAAAGAUAGAAAAAGAUUUCUAGAAUGGAUUAAAGCAUGCAAUAGACUGGACUUGAUAACAAUGAGCUCAGAAUGUGCUAAUCGAUAUUACUGGCUAUGCCAUUUACAUUUUCGAGUAGAAAUGUUUCGAAAUAUAGAAGGAAAAAUUUAUCUCAGUAAAGAAGCUGUGCCAUCAAUAUUUUUGAAGCCAUUGCAAACAGGAGAUAAUACAUCUACAACUUUAUUUCAACCGAUUUCCUUUGUAACUAUAUUUUUAAAGCCAGAGACCAGAAAUAGAAACUCAUCAUCUGCAGAUUUAUCACAAUCAGAAGUGUCUCAAACCCAUCCUGUGACAGGAGAUACAGCUAUAAUUUCACCAUUGCAAGCACUUAUUCCGAAAGCAACUAUAAAGCAGACAUGUGAGGAUAGAAAUGUGCCAUCAACUCAGACAACAUUAGAAGUGAAGUCAAAUAAUGAUAAUGGGGGUACUUCUACGACAGGAAUACAAUUCAUCAAAGAAAUAUACCCAAAUACAGGAACAGCAUCGAAAUCAUCGCAAAUAUCAUCGACUUACAGCAUGCCUUUGCCAACGGAAGAAUAUAAUAAUAUAGAUAUCAUAGAUUUAACAUCUACGGAUUCUUCGGUGCCAACAACAUCGUCAAUGUCAUCGAAAACACCAUCAGUUUGUGCAAUGCAACAAAAUGGUGACAAGACAUUAAAAAGAAAACAUUGGACUGUUUCGACACAAACGCCAGAUGCGUGGAUGUAUAUCGACUCCUUUCUUCGAGGGAAGAGACAGCUGGAGAAAUCCGAAAUAUGUGUCGAUAAUCUGGUCGUAAAGCGGAGGAAAACGCUUGGCACGGAAAAGGAAGAUUCUCGCGUGAACAUGGAUCAAUUUAAAGCGGCGUGUGUAGACUUAUUACCGCGUAAUUCUGCCCUGUUGGUCUUGGCGUGCAUCAACGCUUGCGAGAAAGCUAAGGCUAGAAAGAGUUUUAAGUACAAGCAAUUCGCGCUCGAAUUGUUCUUUAUGGCAUCGGGUGCGUACAGAUUUUACCGGUCAUUAUGCUCGCUGCCUACAGUGCGCCAGCUGUGGAGUCAUAUUCGCACCUGGGAUAUGCCGCCUGGUUUGAACGACAACGUACUCGAUGCGUUUCGUUUAAAGAUAAAGUCACUGCCGCCGAUGGAGAGACAUUGCUCCCUGUGUGUGAACGAGAUGCGACUGAGGCCGCAUCUCUUUUACAAUCUGUCGCGAGAUAGAAUCGUUGGUUUCCACGACAUCGGUACGGAGAAGCGCCGCACGUUAGCGAGAAAGGUCCUGGUAAUAAUGGCAUGUAGCUUGGCUGGUGACUGGGAACAGCCCAUUGCCUACUACUUCCAUGGUGGCAUAUAUCGCGCCGAUACUUUGAAGAAUCUGAUAUUCCAAGCAAUAAUUAGACUGAAAAGCAUUGGUGCAACCGUGCACACUUUGAUCACCAAUACCUCACCAGCGUUUCUACGACUAUCGCGGCAUUUAGGAAUUUCCGCGGAGCGCCCGUCAUUUCUAGUAAAUGACGAAAAGGUGUUUUAUGUUUUCGAUGUUACACGGCUAAUUAGAGUAACCAGAAACGUGCUCAGGAGUUACGAUCUUCGCUUCCGCGAGAAGAGAGCUUCGUGGACGGAUAUCGAACUCUUUUUUAGACAUGAUAGCCAGAUGCGACUAUCGCUAGCCCCUAAAUUGUCUCUAGGUCAUCUCGAUCCCAAUGAAUGUCAAAAGACGGAAACCAAGUAUGCUGCUCAAAUAUUCAGUAACAGCAUAGCCACAGGUCUGAGCGCACACAUUGCAUCAGGUGAAUUACCGCUGGAAACGAUUGGAACGAUGGAGUUCAUACACAAUUUUGAUCAACUGUUUGAUAUACUCAACUCUUGCGCAUCAACAAAAUCGGAUACUAAAACUUUUGGACAAGCUUUCACGGGUAGCAUGUAUGAGAUGAGUUUCUUACAGCAGAUGCUCGACUUUCUAAAGUCGAUCAAGGUAGUGAACAGGAAUGGCACGUAUGUCAAGUCGAUUAAGUGUUUUGAUCGUUGGCAAAUUACGAUCAACGCAGUCAUUCAAUUGUGGAACGUGUUGAAGGAGCACCAGAUCCUUUUUCUCUACAUGAGAAGACUGAAUUUGGAGAGCAUCGAACGCGUUUUUCGCUCUGUCAGACGACAAAGCGGAAAUCGCAUCAAACCCACACCUAUUUUGUUUACUCGUGCAUUCAAGAAUCUUGUUAGCAAGCACUUCCUCGAGCAUUCAAGCGGAGGUGAUUCCGCCAUGAACGGGCGGAAAAUGCUUAAGCGAAUAGCGUCGGAGUCAACCACGUCAGUGUCAUUACUAGCUGACGAAGUUUCACCUGCAGUUCAAACAGUUUUGAACGUUGCAACAACAAAUUAUCGCGAUUUGCGGCUACCUGAGAUAAGCGCAUUUAAGCGCGUGUGUGAGUUUCUACUCAACGAGUGUUUGCGGAUGCACGUUAAUUGUGACAUGUGCGUCGCCUAUGCUGCUAAGCAGAGCAGCCCCAGUAAAGAUGCAUUAAGUUCCUUCAGUCUCUAUGUUUCCAGCCUUGAAGAUACAUUUAUGCAUAAUUUCGAGACUCUCUCCAUCGAGGAAAAUCUCGGCUCUCAAAUAUUGCAGCUCGCGGAAAAAAUCGAUUAUAAACCUCCCUGUCCGGACUUUCCGGUCACUUUAUUGGUUAAACUGUUCUUACGUAUGCGAAUAUAUCUUACGUUAUCGCGGCAUAAUAAGAUUUGCAAAAACAUAAACGCACCACGUAACUCUUUGAAUGUGUUACAGUUAUGAACUAUUCAUUUUUAUUGUGUUAUCUGCGUUCAGAUUUUAUUAUUUGAAUUGGUUACUCUAUUUUAUUAAUUAGUAUUUUUUUAUGAUACAGCGCUCAUAAGCGGUAUUUCCACUAAUUAAUCACACGGACUUUUUGGAUUUUACGAUUAUUUGCACAAAAGCUUUUCAUAUUGAAUAUAGAUUUUCACUGAGAGGAAGUUGCCGAAUAAUCAAGCUAUGUAUUUUUAACUAAUUUUGCGACAGUCCCUUUUGACAUUGUUUUAUUAAUAAUUAUCUGCAUGUUAUGUUUAACCGAAAAUAUCUUACUCGUAUUAACGAUUAAAUAUUCGAUAAGUUAUUUAAAGUGUUUAAUACGAAAUUAACAUUUGCAGGUCGUUAUUAAUAUAUCAUUCACUGUUCUUUUACUUUGCUUCUUUAUGAGAAGAGAUUCUUUGAUGAAAAGAUUAUGUACGAAAACUUGGAGUUAUAUUUUAAGGGUGAUAUAAUUUGCAGUGUUCAAGCAAACCUUCAGUGCAUUAUAAGUUUUGUUACAGAAAAAGAAAGUAUAUUUAAUUUCGUAUAUUUUCCGUUUUGUUUUUUUCUGUUAUACUAGAUAAAUUGUUCUUAUGUCUAUUUCUUCAUGUGAGUAAAAGAGAAGAAAAUUCAGCAGCUUGAAACAAUUUAUCAGUUUUUUAAUUAUAUUUUAAAUUAUACUUUAAUAAAUUUGAUUUUGUAGAAAUACACGAUUAAUUGUUA